UCGUGGCAUGUGACGAAAACAUCCCAAGCCACGCAACGUGAGCGCUGAUGCUGUUUGAAGUUUUUACUUUCCUGCCAGAGUCUAGUCACUCUAAACCAGCAUAUUUUAUAUGUCGUCAUCUGUUGAGCUGAUGGGAAUAGGACACUUUGAUAAUGUCAAAAACAUCUUGCAGAAGGAAGGUAACCUCUGCUAAGAUUACUGAUUGGGUUGAGCCGUCUUUUGAAGACAUCUUUGGAAACACAAGCAAAGAUUCGUCCUCUUCAUUUCAGACAUCUUGAACUGUUAAAAUAUGUGUACAAAGAAAUAAUGAGUCUUCUUUAGAGAACAAACAGGGAAAGAAGAGAACAAAUCCAUUCACCAAAGACCAUCCUAAUGAUAAAAACCAACAUACUUCUGACUACACCCAAAAUGAUCCCUGGAUUGAUAAAUACAGACCAGAAGUUCAGGCAGAGCUUGCUGUGCAUAAGAUAAAAGUUUAAGAGUUUGAGGCCUGGCUCAAAAAACUCACAUGGAGAACAGCCCACAGAAGCAGGUCUGGUACUGGAUUCUUAAAAAUGUGCUCUAUAUUUUGAGUUUAAAGUUGGCACACUGCAUAUAUGUAAGUUUCCAAUGUGUGACACAGCAAUAGCAUAUUUACAGGCUUUACAGGCAGGUUUCUAACAGACUAGUUACACCUUAGUAGUAACCUAUUGCAUGCAAUCAAUGUUACGUUUUUUUCAUCCAGCUGACGGUUUAAGAAUAAAAGCAAAAAAAUUAUUGAAUUUCCAAUGGGUUACUGCCCAGGCGCAAAUUUGCAAUUGUUGGCUCCCGGGCUUUUUUGUUUAUGAAUUUAUUGCUCGUGGCACAAUAAAGGGUUACUGUCGGUGUUUACUUUAAUUUUCCACCUUUAUUUCUGCUAUUUUUAGAGUUUCCUUUUAUCAUAACUAUAUUUUAGCUCAAAUCAUAAAUGAAAAAUAUGCUUGGAUAAUGUCAUAGUGGCAAAGACUCUAGACAUAGCUAAAAGCAAUGCUCAUGAAAUUCUUGUCACUUCUCUUUAAAUAUGCUACAUUACCUGAUGAAGGAAGGGGACCCCCCCCCCCCGAAACAUUGAUUCUGUUGGUAGUAUAAUAAAAGGGGAAGCUCCCCAACUGCAGAUAAUCACGUUUGUAUGGAUCCGUAAAUCUUUUUGCUGUGCUCUGAUUCAGCCCACUCACUGGCCUGUAUUAUAUGUGUAAGAUUUAUAUAUGAUUGUAUGCAUUGAUGAGCCAAAAUAUGCCUGUUGACAGAUUAGAUAAAUGUAGCAACAGACAUAAUUGGGGCUGAAUUAGCAGUUGCUCAGUCAGCAGGGAAACCACAAUGUGUGGCUAACCUUAGCUGUUGACGUACAAUAAGAAGUGUUCAUGAAGAAUGUUGGGAAAUCUUUUGAUUUUUCUUAUAUGUUUCCAGGGUGGUCAUCUUUUAUUGCUAACUGGCCCCCCGGGCUGUGGAAAGACUGCAACACUUCAAGUGCUUACAAAAGAUAUGGUGAUUCAGGUGCAGGAAUGGAUCAAUCCUCUAAUGCAGGAGUUCAGACAAGAAGAACAACCUGAAGUUUUUGAUAGAGGCAAUGAGGUUCCGACCUAUGGUUUCUGCUGUGCAUGGUCACUCAGUGAUCCACUUUCAAACUGUUGCAGUUUAAUACAGUGGUCCAUGGCAAGUGGUCAUUUCGGGUGUUUUGUUGUCUCCAGAACCCCAAAGUGGGCAAAACAGUCAUAUGGAAAAAGUUUGGGAACCCUUCUCAGCCUGCAUAAUAAUUUACUCCACUUUCAACAAAAAAGAUAACGGUGGUAUGUCUUUACUUUCCCAGGAACAUCUGAGUACUGGGGUGUUUUCUGAACAACGAUUUUUAGUGAAUCAGUAUUCAGUUGUAUGCAAUUAAAUCAAAUGUGAAAAACUGGCUGUGCACAUGCCCAGCCACAAGCAGAAAGAUGAAGCAGGAAGAGGAUCGCUCCUUGGUGGUUACUGGAAGAACCCCGGUCCUGUGCUCCUAUCAGCAGAAAACUGCACCCGCCUCGGUUUCUUCCCAGGAGCACCAUGUUAACACCGAGAAAAUUGUCUUGCUGCAAGAUCUCUCUUCUCAAGCUUCUGUUCCUCACCACUUUGUCUUCAAACUCAGGUGUUACCUUAUCUGGCAAUGCUCACAAACCCAUUGAGGAAUCCGUCACAAAUUGCAUUUAUUCAAGAUGUUGUCGGCUACCAUUAAAAAGACAGUUUGCAAGGCUGAAACUUGAAACACUCACAGACAAAGAUCCUGGGCUGCUAAAUGCUGAGAGUGGUGAGGAAGAUAACCUUACUGAAAUGCAAAGAGAAAGGAAUGACACGGCCAAUUCCAUGGGUAAUGCAAAGGAACUUUUGUCCACUCAAGGAGCGGAAAGUGUGUUGCCGGCCAGUCAGCCCCAACCGGUUGCAGCACAAGCAGUUAUGGAGGAUGAAGAGUUAAAGAUAGAAGAGUAUGACAGUGACUGAUCUCUGUCAGCAAUGGUUACUCUUACUUCUUUGGACUUAAGGGGCAACUUUCUGGUUAGCAGGUCAUUCAUUAAUAAAUUUUGUUUAGUUAUGCAGCCUCCAUACCAAUGUAAGUGUUUGGAAGGAACAACGGCAGAGCUUCCUGUUCUGAAUAGGUCAUGAGAGGAACUGGUUUGUGGAGCAGCAGGAUUGUUAUAGCACUUAGAGCCAGUCUGUGUGAGAAAUUGCUUUAAUAUCCACUGCAGAAAUAGUGGAUUGGCAACUGUUGUGCUGAAGAUAUACUGCUGUAAAUUAAUUUAUGCUUUACAUGCAAGAUGGAACACCUACAAUGUGAAUGUAGGUUUAUAUAAAGUUCUAUUCGGAACUAUUUAUCUAUGUAAAUAAAUACUUUUUUCUCCAUUUGAAA